UCCACUUAAAGUUAUAGCAAGAGAAGGGAAGGAUUUCCAGACAAUGAAUUGAUAAAUGCGCAAGUACAGAACAUUUUGACAACAACAAGUUGUUAUCCAUGGAAGGGGAAAAGUAAAUAAGAAUGUGUAGCAGAGAGUCUUUAUCCAGACGGUGUGUUCUGGUCAAACAAGUACCAGAGGGGGUGGAGGAUGAUUGUGUCCACAGAAUUCGUGGUGUAGAAAAGUCCCACCGCCAUAAUGAACUCAGUAUUGGUAAUGGAGAAGUCAGAUGGAUUGUGUUGAUGAGAAGCGAUGACGAGGCAGACAAACUGAUAAGGGAUGGCCAUGUUACUUUGGAUUCUGGUGGACAGAAGUUGGAUCUUCCAGUUGGAGGUUGUCCAGAAUGUAUUAUUCCAGAUGAUUGGGUGGAGAAUACACCUACAAGAGCUAGUUUGUCUUUUGAUGAUGAGGGGCUACAAGACAGUAUAGGAAUGGCGAGUAUAAGAUGUAGAGAAAAUCGAAGCAAAAGCCCUGGUGAAGGGGUGACACGAGACUCAGUGCUGCAAGGUUCAGAUGAUUAUGUAAAAGUGCCAAAACCAAUAUCAGCAGAAAAGCCAGAAGAAACAGAAAGUACAGACAAAUAUGUCCCUACAUUUGUCAUUCCUGCUAUAAGUUCUCCAUACAGCCAAUUAAACCAGUCAGACCAUGGUGAUUCCCAUCUCUACUCUAGUCUCCAGUCACAAUAUUCAGAGGAAGUGGAGUUUGACAAUAUAAAAUCAACUGAAGAGACACAAACCUACACACCCCGUCCACCUUCACCAAGGGCGGAUAACUCUCUACCAGCAAAGAACAGAGAUGAAGUCAAUAUGAAGAUUUCUAUUACUUCCAAGAGUAGAGCUGAUGAAGACAGCCCUUAUCAAUCUAUUAAUGAGGCUGCAGUAAGGUCACAACUAGGUCAUGAUGAACCCCCUCCUCUACCCAAUAGACUUGGUAGAUCUGAGAGCCGGGAAGUGCCCAAUUUGACUUAUAUUGAACCGGUGUCAAGGAAUGGGAGUCACUAUGACCAACUACAGUCAGUUGUACAUUCAAAGCAGUCAAAUGAUAAUCAUGGAUCUUGGCUAAGUUCCCAGGAAAAUUCACCCGGUAAAUUUCCUGUUAAUUCUCCGUCUGCUGCUUCUGGUGAUAAUAUUGUGAAAACAGGAAGUGGUGAUCGUGGGGAUUCCCCUCCUGUGCCUCAGAGACUAAACAGAACUCACAGCAGCGGAGUGUCCUCUUCAACAUACAUUGAGCCUGUGUAUACAGGACAGGUCCAAUCUACACCAAGAACCAAGCCUGAUAUUCCACAACCAGGGUUAAAAUCAGGACAAGGCCAUUCACAAGCAUUUGUAAGAAAUUCAAUAGAAAAUACUCCCAACAGUGGAUUUCCAAUGAAUUCUCACAUAGAUUCAAACAAGUUUCCACAUAAUGCUGAAAACAAAACAGAACAUGUGCCUAGUUUUGGCAGAGACUCUAGUAACACUGAUCAGGUGACCUCACCUGUGUUAAAUGAUCAGAGGAUACAAGGUAGUCAGGCACAGCAAGGGCAGCUUGACCAGAGAGUAAUGCACAGAGACUCUGGGAGUCCUAUUGUAAGACACCAAGAGCCUGGUUAUCAAAGAACACCAAACCAAGAGUCAGGUGGUCCAAGAGAAAUAAAUCAGACAGCAGGUUUACAGACAGAGAGAGCCCAAGGAAUAGAAAAUCAGACACCAAGAAAUAGAGAAACAGAAAGUAGUGAUGCAUUAUAUCAGAAUGUUGAAUUGUUCAGAAGGUUGGAGCAAGGUCCAACUCCAGGUUUUAUGACUGCAGCACAAGGACAAGUUGGUAGUAUGAUGAAUCCACAACACCAACUUGGUGUCAUGCCACCAGAACAACCUAAUAGCAUGAUGAAUCAACAAAAUCAAUAUCAAGGUAUGAUGAAUCAACAUCAUGGUAUGAUGAGUCCACAAAAUCAACAUGGUGCCAUGCCACCAGGAUUUAUGAUGGGACCACAAACACCCAACCAGCCAAUUCAAGGCUUUCUGCCAUUUAUGUAUCAAGGUUUUCGACCACCUUUUUUCCCUUUUCAGCAGCUGCCAGCACAAGAAAAUAUGGUCCCACCUACUGAAGAAAGAAUUCCAAUGCCAGAACCAGAGUUACCUCCACCUUCUACAGAGGGGGAGAAGCAACCAUCCACCAGGAGGAGAAGUAAAGAGAAAGUAGAGAAACAAUCUCCAGACAGGAGGGGUAAAGUGAAAGUAGAGAGCACAGAGAGACCCUUGUCAGGUGGAUCAGAGGAAAGGGCACCUGCACAGGAGGAGGAGGAAGAAACUGAAGAGGAAACAUCAUUUGACACAGUCAAAGUAAGAUUAAGGAAGCCAAUGUCACAGGAUGCCAUAGAGAACUAUUUUGAGAAUACAAGGAAAUCUGGGGGAGGAGAUAUCGAGUCUUUUAAAGUCAUUAAGGAAGAGGACGAACAAAUCAUUGAAGCUUUGAUCACAUUUAGACAAUCUAGUGAUGCAAAGUCCUGCUUGGAGAGAAAACACACAAUAAGUGGACAGAAUUUAACAGUAGAAAAAUACGAUGAAAACGACCCUGAAAAGUGGGAGAUUAAUAAAGUUCUGGUGAGCAGACUCAACCCAGAGACAACUGACGACACACUGAUGAAUUAUUUGGAGCCAGUUGCUGGGGUGGAUCCGUUAGAGGUGGUGCGAGGAUCUGAACCAGAUUCAGCUAUAGUAGUAUUUGAUGAGAAACCAGAUUUUUCAAAGAUGUCAAAACGCUGCAAGUCCAAAAAACUUGAGGGCAAAACAGUCUUUAUACAAAUGGUGGAGAAAUGCAGAUCAGUGUAUGCUCAAGACAUUGAUGAAAGCAUCACAUAUGACACGGUGGAGAAUUUCUUUUGUAACAAGAGAAGGAGUGGGGGUGGAGAGGUGGAGGAGGUGGAUUACCAUCCAGAAGAUGGAUACUGUGUGGUUCUGUUUGAAAAUCCAGAAGAUGCUGAGAAUGUGGCAUCAAGAGAAAAGUUUACAAUAAAUGGAAAAGAAAUAAGAGUUCAAAUGUUGUAUUCUCAACUAGGGUUGCCAGAACAACCAAUUAACUGGGGUGACUUGCCCUCCAUUAUUUAUCCUUGUGAAAAGCACUUCAUAAAAUUUGUCAAGAAUUGUGAGAUUGUAGCCAAGGAAAUUGACAAGACAAUGCAGCAGAAAUUUGUAAAAGUUGAAUGGCCGAAAUCCAAAUCAGACUUUAAUGUGAAGCUGUUAUGCUCAGUAACUAAAGAGGUGGAAAAUGCCAGAGGUAUUCUGAAAAAAUGGAAAGAAGAAGCCGAGAAAAGCAUGGAAAGCUUGGUGGGCAAAUAUGCAGUUCAAAAACACUCGAUUUUACCAGAAGCAUGGGAGAAUUUUCUGGAAAAGCUAAAAAUGCUAAAUAUUGAUCACCCAGAAAAAGUAGCUGUUUCAUUGGAAGCCAAACAACAUAUAGUAGUUGUUGUUGGAUUAGAGGAAAAUGCAGAGGCCUUGACGAGAAAAAUCCUAGAUAUAGUAAGGACAGAGGAAUUGAAAAUAAAAACCCAGAAAGAGAAGAUUGAGAAAAAAGUUCCUUUAGAUUUUCACAAAUGCCAGCAACUAUGGAAAACACAGUAUCAGAAGAAGAUUAAGGCACAAUUUCCAAAUGUUGAUAUGAAUAUUGAGAUUGAUAAAAAAGAAGUAAACUUUUCAGGGAAAUCUAGUGAAGUGAAUGAGGCCAUGAUAAAAAUGCAUGAAUAUUUGAUGAAUACAAAAUCAAAGUCUUUAAGGAUAUCCAAAGGAAGACAUGAAGUGUUAAAAUCCAAGGAUGUGAGAGAUUCGUUUCUUGCAGAAAUGAAAGCAAAAAACAACAAGGCUGUAUGGAAUGUUACAGAAGACAAAGUGGAAAUGACAUCAUCAAACAUGAAAAUGGUGGAAGAGGCCUUGAAAGUUUUUGAAGAAUUCAUACCAGAGAAAGCAAUAAAAGUAAAACAGUUAGUGAAAGUUUUGACUAGACAUGAAUGGCAGGCUUGUGUCAAGAAGUUGAGAGAUACACAUGGUGAUAAAAUGUGUAUUUUGUCGUCUGCUUCUGAAGUACAUGUCACUUCCACAAAAGAUAUUUUUCAGCCUGUAUGUACAGAAGUAGAACAGGUUUUGGAGGAAUGUUCCAAAAAAUGUGCUGUUGAUAAAAAGCAUGUCAGAUUGACAGAAGCACAGUUUAAUUACGUGAAAUAUUUUGGAGACAAAGAGAUGAAGAAGUUGACAGAAGAAGCCAAAGAGAAAGAUUUAAAAAUUACCAGAAAUCAAGAGGACCAUUCUAUAGACAUCAGUGGGAAUGAUGAAGAUGUCAAAAAAGCCAAGGAAGAGUUGAUGAAGUUGGUUAACAGACUAAGUGAAGACACCUACAGUAUAACCAAACCUGGAGCGAAGGCCUUCUUCAACUCAGACAAAGGACGGGAAGCCAUUAAAAGAACAGGCAAAGCCACUUCCUGUAUUAUAAUGAACAAAGAAGGAGGGAGACAUAAGAAAGAAGAGAGAGGAAGUGGGUCAUUUGAAAGGCAUGGUGCAAGGUCAAGGUCAAAGUUUCCAGUCAAGAUGGCUGAAUGUGAUUUACAUAUCAGUGAGAAAAAGUUGAUUGUUAUGAAAGGGGAUGUAACCAAGUUGAAAGUUGAUGUCAUUGUGAAUGCGGCCAAUGGAGAUUUAGAUCACUGUGGGGGUCUGGCUCUGGCCAUUUCUAAAGCAGGAGGUGAUUCAGUACAGAAAGAAAGCAAAGACUACAUCAAAUCUAAUGGAACUGUUUCCGAUGGAGGGGCCAUCCCAGCAAGACCUGGUUUUCUGCCCUGUCAAAUGUUAAUCCACGCUGUUGGACCACAAUGGCAAGGUGGAAAUAACGAAGAGGAAAUAAAACUCAGACAAGCCAUAAUGAAAUGUUUGGAACUAACAGACAGGAAUGAUUACUCCUCCAUAGCCAUCCCUGCACUCAGUGCUGGUAUUUUUGGGUAUCCCGUGGAUCAAUCUGUUGACACUAUUGUCAGUUCUAUUCAGUUUUACUUCAAAUCCAAGGAGGGAAAGUCCUCCAAGAUAAAGGAGAUCUAUUUCUGUGAUGUGGACGAUAAGAUCGUAGACGCAUUUAUCAGAUGUUUGAAGAGGAAGAUUGGACAGGACGUGAAAGAAUUUGAUGGAGGUGAAGGUAACCAAUCACCAUCUAGAGAUGAAGAUUCCGAUGAGGAGGCUCAUGGGAAAAGGAGGAGCUCUUCAUCAUUUGAUAGAAAGAAGGGGAGAAAGUCAUCAGGUGAUAGAGAGAAGGGGAUGAAGAUAAAAGUUAUCAGUGGAGAGUUGGCUAAAAUGAAGGUGGGUUAUAAAUUAUCUAGUAACACAUUUGUAUUGUGUAGUUUGAAAUUAAUUCUGUCCAUUGGUAACAUAUCCAAGAGUUUGAGCAGAGCUGCUGGUGAAUCUCUCCAAGACGAAUGUGAUACAAAGUACAAAGAUGGAAUAGCGCCAGGAAAGGUAGCCAUUACAAAGGGAGGCGACCUCAGGUGUAGACAAGUGUAUCAUGGGACGAUCAAAAGAUGGGACCAUUGGAAAGGGGAUGCUCUAGGGAAGUUAACAGAUUUUGUAAACGAAUGUUUAAGACUAGCAGACAUGAACCAGAUGAGUUCUAUUGCCUUCCCCGCCCUAGGUACAGGCAGACUGGGCUAUCCACCAGAACAAGCUGCCAAGACCAUGUUCAGAUGUUGUAGAGAAUUCCACAGUAGAAAUAGAGACACCAGUCUGAAGGAAAUAUUAUUUGUGAUUUUCUACAAAGACGCAGACAUUCUUGAGGCAUUCAGAAAAGAAAGUGAAAGUGGAGGUGCGGAGACAGGUCGUCCUGACUACAACAGACACAGGAGAGAGAGAAUGCCAUCCUCCGAUGCAGGGAGUGGUGAUGGAAGGAGGAAAAUAAAUAAACUGAACGUAGAGGUCAGACAAGGGGACAUAACUAAGGAGAGAACUGACGCCAUUGUUAACAGUAUAACAGGAAGUCUGGAUUUAACUAAAGGUGCUGCCUCUAAAGCCAUUCUAAAUGCAGCUGGAGACAGAAUACUGACUGAAUGUAACAGGGGAGCCCAGUCUUUCUCAUCAGAAGGCUAUGUUGUUACCUCAGGAGGGAGGAUGGGUUGUAAGUACAUCAUUCAUGUGAAGGCUCAAAGAUCAGCUGAGGAAUGGGAGCGGAUGGUGGCCAAGGCACUGGCUCAUGCUGAUAAGACAGGGUGUAGGUCCAUAUCCUUCCCAGCUCUAGGAACAGGAGUGAGAAACAGUGAUCCUGCAGAUAUUGCCAAACACAUGUUUAAAGCCAUGAGGAAGUUUUCACCAGAGAAUCUGGAGACAGUGCGGGUGAUUGUUUUCCAGAGAGACAUGGUGUCAGUAUUCCAGUCCUCACUGGAUAAUCUCCCCCAAGGAGCUUUCACACAGUUGAAGGAUUAUGUCACUGGAAAAAUCAAAGAUGUCAUUGGGUCAGAUGAGGAAGAAGAUGAUAAUAAUACUAGCAGACCAUGGCGUGGACAUAACAAUCAUGGCCAUGGAUAUAGAGGUCAAGGACAUGGUCAAGGUCACAAUGAUGAAAGGAUUACUUUCCUGAUUCUCUCUAACUGUAAAGAAAACAUCAAUAAAGCCAAAAUUAACUUGGAAAGAAUACUUAAGAGUGAAUUUGAAAGGAAAGAAAUUGAUGUGUCAAAAUACACAUUUAGUAAUAGCCAGAUUGACGAAAUUAAAAGACUCGCAAAAGACACUAAAAUCAUAGUCAAAGAAGGAAAAAUUGAACUGCAGGGAACAACAGCAAAUGUAAAUGAAGCAGCUGUAGCUAUUUAUCAAUAUCUACAUGAGGUCAAGGACAAAGAGAGUGCUAAAACAGUCCAGAAAUACGUAAAAUGGCAGUAUGAAGUCUCAACUGAUAAAUGGUCAACGUUUAGAGACGAUGUCAACUUGCAGAUAGAGAAUGCGCACCAGGCCAGAAAGGAUUCCUGUACCGUUAAAGACAACAGAGGAACUGAAUAUGUUAUUGACUUUAAAAAGAUGGAGGAGUAUGAGAAAAAUAAUUAUAAGAAAAAGUACAAGAUAAAACGAGUAGAUAAAGGUGCUUCCUCUGUUGGGCUGCCAGCCAAAUGGGUUCCUAUGAAGAAUCACCAGACAAUGGUUGAGAUCACCUUAAAACCUGGGGAUAAUGAGUACAAGCAGGUCUUGUCAAAGUUUAACGCCUCUAGUCAAGGAUCUGUGUCAGUAUCAGAGAAAUUAUACAGGAAGCUGAAGACUCAGUUAUCUGCUUCGUACGAGAUUUCAGACAUAGUAGAGAUACGGAGAGUGCAAAACCCAUAUCUGUAUCAGCAGUAUGCGGCAAAGAGGAAGGAAAUUCAAGUAAAAAAUGGGAAAGAUCCUGAGCAAUGGUUGUGGCAUGGAACCUACCCAGAAACUGUAGACAAAGUCAUUAAUAAUGGAUUUAAUAGAAGCUACUGUGGGCGACAUGGUACAUCAUAUGGUGCUGGUGUCUACUUUGCUGUGAAUGCUUCCUACUCCCUCGGUUAUUGUAAAGCUGACUCUAACGGACACAAACACAUGUUCUCCGUCCAAGUCGCCACUGGCGAUGCUUGUAGAGGAAAUGGUGCCAUGAAUGUACUGCCACCAAAAGCAGGUGCAGGAAGUCAUGUGACUUACGAUUCUGCUUCCGAUAAUCCUAGCAAUCCUGUGAUGUACGUGAUAUUUCAUGACAGUCAAGCCUACCCGGCUUAUCAUAUAAUCUUCAGAUAAUCCAGAAGGCUUUAAUUUCUUAUAGGUAUACGGAAAACGCACAAAGUGCAUGGAUCGUUAUGACAUAUCCAGUGCAAUUACCAUUGCAAAUUUCAAUUAUUAUAAAUUAUUUUCAAUUAUGUGUACUGUAAUUGAAAUCAUAAUAACAUAAAUGAAAAAUAUCAUCAAGUAAUAAAAUGAGUUCUUAGAAAAAUCACUAUGUGCAUUUAAGAUACUUUAUUGUAAAUGAUUGUACCCAGUGCAUGUAUAUGAAAUUUACAAGAAAGAAAGACGUUUUCAUUUUAUAUCAAAAGGCACUAUCAAUUAAAUAAAGUGGAACUGUAUGGAUUAUAAUCAAUUGCCCAUGUUUUAAAACUGCAUUUAUUUUUGCUAAAACUUUUAAAAUUCAGAAGAGCUUAUGGAUUGACCAAAUGUCUGUUUUCCAUCUGUCCCUAAGCAGUUUUUCCUCCAAAAUUCUUUUUCUUUCAUUAAAAUAUUUUGACAAAUGUUAUUUAAGGGAAAUGAGAAACAAGAAAAUUAAGGAAAAGAGACUUCUGAUUUCCUUAGUUCUGAUAUGAUUGCAAUUAAACUUGAUACCCUAGACUUGACUAUGUGAAGAUAUAGUAUAUAAAAAUUAAUGAUUGUUUUUGUCAUGCUUUUAAAAAAGGAAAUAAAAUUUUUGGUAAAUCCUUCGAAUUGCCAAACUUUUUUCAAGUUUUGGUGCCUUUUAUUUAAACUUGAUGUCAUUGAAAAAAAAAAACAUAGGUCUUUACACCUCAAAAAAGUUUAGUGAAGGGGCCAUUUUUUCUACUUCACUGUGAUAAAUACAAAUCAGUAGAGCUACAGUCUCAUCAAAACCUCUGUGAAGGACAUUCAUUCUUUGAUUUCGAUUUUAAAACCAAUUUUGCCUUGAGCAUGUGAUAUUUUAGUGCAAUUCUCUUUCUCUCUAUACUAAAUAACUGAAAAAAUACACUUUUAUAUAAGUUUUAUGUCAAUCAGACCAACUUUAAAAUAAUGUUUCCUUGCCCUCUCCCGACUCAGGGUGAAAAAAAAAAUCAGAUCGGUAAUGAGAAUUUUUUUUACAAAAGUUUUAAAUCAAAUUCAAAUGCUGAAUUUUCAAUAUCUAUUUUCAUGAAUGCUUUGAAAAAUAGGCCUAAUUGCUUCCUGAAGGAAAAAAAAAGUUUUGCGUCAGGCAUGCAAUUUUUGUCGGGAGAGGACAACCAAACGUUUUUUUUUAAAUGACCUCUUGUACACAGGUACUCGUGGACAGAAUUAUCCCUAACUCACCCCCUUUUUUUCAAUACUAAAAAAAUCUGAUUUUUUAAAAUAAAAUCACAGAAAUAUAUAUCAUUUGUAAUUUCUAUUCACAGUCGUUUCACGUACAUAGAUAAAAAAACGACUGUGAAUUGCAUAUGAUUGAUAUAUUUCUUGAUUUUCAGAUAGAAACAUAUUGGAUUAAGUUGUCAGAGAUUAGAAUUGAAGAAAAAAAUAUUAGAUUUCUUUUUAAUAUUUGAAAAUAAAAAGGGUUGGGGGGGGGUAUGGAUGAUCCUGUCCACGAGCAUCUGUGCUCCUGUAUUAUUGUGUAUUGUAGAUUUAUUUUUGUUGAAAUAUGUUUUAGUUUGAAAAAAAAAUUUGUUAUUGUUUAUGAACUGACAAAACACUAGUAUAAAGCGUAGCAUCAAAGUGUAUUUUCAUAGUCUCUCUCUUAUCUUAAAUUGAUACCC